UCCUUCGGCUUCUCUCGUCCCUCGAUAAGCACGUAAAAUAAAUUUCGUUUUUUUUUUCCGUCGUCCUCCUCUGCUUCAACUCCCCUCCUCUGCCUCGGCGUCGUCGUGCGCUCCGUCCGAUCUCUCCUCCCAUUUCCACGCGGAGGGGGAGGCGUCGGCGCAAUAAAAGGCGGCGCCUUUGCUUCGCCGUCCGCUCCCAGUUCCCCCCCGGCAUGCGGAGCUAGCCUCGCGGCUGGGCCCCACGCCAUGCAGACCACCGGGCCCGCAUCGCCGGAUAAGCCGCCGCCGGCUGUCGAGCCGGCGGAGGCCGAGGACAAGGUGGAGAGGGAGGGGGCGCAGGCGAAGGAGGAGGACGAGGCGGCGGUGGUGAAGGCGGGCGGCGAGGAUGAGGAGGAUGAGGAGGAGGAGGAGGAGGAUGGGAGGGGAGGCAAGCGGCAGCGGCGCCGUGCGGCGGGGGACAGCGCCGUGGCCAUGGUGAAGCGGGACCUGCUGUUGCGCUGCUUGACGUGCCCGCUCUGCGACCGCCUGCUCCGCAAGGCCACCACCAUCUCCGAGUGCCUGCACACAUUUUGUAGAAAGUGUAUUUAUAAGAAGCUCAACGAUGAGGAUCUUGACCACUGUCCAGUAUGUAACAUUGAUCUGGGCUGCACUCCAGUCGACAAGCUUAGAGCUGAUCACAAUAUACAAGAUGUGAGGUCAAAAGUUUUUCCAUUCAAAAGGAAGAAGGUUAAUGCUGAAGAAGCCGAAUCUCCCAUUACGCUACCUGUUAAAGUUAAAGAGAGGUCUAUCUCAUCGUUGGUGGUCAAUACACCUAGAGUAGCCCCAGCAGCUUCAACAAGGAGGCGAACAAGAGCGGUUACCAGGAAGGCUGCUGCAUUACGUGGCCUUGGUCCUAUCAUUGUGGAUCCUUUAAAAAAGGAUAAUGAUAACUCAAAUAAGCAAACCGAUAAUUCAAGCUUGCUAGAUAGCUUGAGCAAAAUACCUCAAACAAGAAGACAGUUAUUGUCGAAUGGGGACACAUCAGGUCAUCCCUCUGUUAAAGAUAAAGCAGGUGAUAAUAAAGACUUGGAUAAGUCCGAGCUCUGGAAACCUUUGAAUCGUCUUGUAGACGCUGCAAGCAAAACAAAGGCCCUGACAAGUGCACAAAGUCCAGCUUUGAAGGGAGAUAAGCCCAGAGAAUCUCCCAGUAGUGAACAUUCUAGCAGAACAGAGGCUAGGGAGUCUCUUCAGAAGUCCAAAGCUGAAGAUGACAAAAGUGAUGAUCCUGAGCCAAUAGUGCUGCUUAGAAAGAGAGGGCGGCCUGCCCGGAAGAGGAAAGAUUCCCUACCUGAAACAAAUGCAGCUUCAGCUGCUACAGCUAUCCAGGCCAGGAAGGCAUUGAGCCCAAUAUGGUUUUCAUUGAUCGCCUCGUUUGACCAGAAAGGCGAUCCUCCUUUGCCUCAGAUACCUGCCCACUAUUUGAGAAUAAAGGAUGGGAGCAUACCUGCAUCAUCCAUCCAAAGGUACAUCAUGCAGAAGCUCAGUCUUCUAAGCGAAUCUGAGGUUGAAAUACGCUGCUGUGGGCAGACAGUGAACCUCGGGCAACCUGUGCGCAACUUGGUGGAGCGGUGGCUUAGGGUUGGCCCGGCACGCCCGCUGCACACAGUGAUAGGCUCCUCUGGGGGAGAUUAUGUGAUGGUGAUAAGCUAUGGGCGGCCAAAGUCUGUGUCUUCUUAAAAACAAACCAUCAUUGACCUGGCUGGCGAUCUCGUAGGUAGAACAAAGGGUUGCUCCGCCGCCCGUGAAGAGGCCAUCAUCAGAGUUAAAGUGUCAUAUAUACUCAACGGCGUAGCUGGCUGCUGUGCCUCAGCGGCUCAUCCUCUCACCGAUGCUUCUAGAUUAUGCUCUGUUCUUCAAGAAUGAAUUUGUUUGUUUGUUCGUUCGUUGUUACCAUACAUACAUAUGUGCUGAAAGUCGCUGUAAUUUGGGAUUUGGUAGGCUGUGAUAAUUGACAGAGGCGAGAUUGUUAACCUGAACUUAGGAUGGCGAUGAGUUCCUACAUGGGAGAGUGCUGCUGCUUCAGUUUUUUUUCCCUUGUUGAAGAGAGAAAAACAACCAUAACGUAGUUCCUUUAUUUGUCCUGAACUAAACUGCCCUAAUCUCCAGCUGUGACUGGUUCAUAUAUACACCCUAUGCAAUUACAUUUUUAGUCUUGAAAGUUUGCAAUCUGAUGCUGUAAUGAACUUGCACUAUCUCCGGCAUGUCCAAAUGGUUUACUUGUAGCA